ACACUUAAUAGUCUUUUCAAAUUGUAUCGAUUACAGUUAAUUGUGACAUGAGUGACUUUCACCUUUUUGUCGUCGAGAAUUUUUGUUGGGAUGAAGUACCUUUAUAAAUCCUAAUUUCUAUUCCGAUACUCCGAGGCAUCAUCUCACAUUUUCGAUGUCUGCAUGGCCAACAUCCAUAAUACCAAUUGAAGAUAUAUUUUUACGAUGCAAUUCUUGCCGCUUGCUGUUGAUAUCGAUUGCUCCAGUACAUCCGUCUCAACAGAGCAGUCAUUUGAUGGACGGGGUUGGAAAAAGGCGGUGAUGAAGCGCUUGGUCGGCACACUACCACGCAGGCAUUCGUCGUUUCACCCAACUGACUGUGAAUUGGAAAGUCGUGUGCAAUAUACUGCAGACCCUCAGAAGUCUCUGUGUACAAGAUUUGUACCCCCGCUUUUGGAUGUCAAAGAUCCAAUGAUAGAGAUCAACGCCAGCCCGGAAAUAGUUGUCCUCGGCAGCAAAAACCCAAGAAGGAAUCAUGUGACUUCUAUUUCUCCUAUCAUACCGUUUGGUCCAAUCUCAAAACGGAAGCACAAGCGAUGUAACUCUGCCUGUGAGGAAAGCAAGAACAAGUACCAGAUGGCAAGGGGGCUUGCUUAUGACGUACCAACGCAAAAACGCCGUGUAUAUCUCAUUGGCAUUGAUUGCCCAGGGAUGUCGAGUCCAAAGCCGUCGAGGCAAGCCAAACUCUAUCCGGAAUCAAUUCCUCGAGAAUUUGGUACAGCUUCCUCUUUUCCGUUCCAGCGAGGUACAAGCGAACCGAAAGUUCAGCCGCUGUCAAUAGAAGGGGAUACCAUGUCCUUUGGAUCUGGGAAAAAACUAUACAGAAGAAAUGAGAGUUCCCCAUCGCCUAGAUUGAGGAAAAGAGGAAAUCGGAACAUUUCUAUUUCGAGAACUAUGCAUGGUAUACCUUUUUCUUUGCGAGACCAUCAAUCCAUGCUGGAACGGACCGACAAUGUGUACUAUGAAGAAAUGCCCACUCCGGAUGCUGUGCCAGAUGGUCUAUCGAAUGGUCGUCGACCACCGCUUAUUUUAGGAAAAACAUCACGACAAUCGCGAAAGGUAUCUACGCGUUCGCUUAUGGCUCACACAACGAGGGUAAAACCUCAGGUGCAAAGAACUUUGAAGAGCAAGCGACCUACUCCUGCCACUAGUAUCUCUCCGGGCCCAGAUCAGAUGAGCGAUUGUGGCAGCUCAGAUGUCCCUUUGCAAUACUCUUUCAACAAACCUCUGUAUAACUCGCCGGGCAAGUACUGCAGAGGUUUGCGUCUUGUACAGUCGAAGGAGCAAAUCGAUCAGGCAGUAAAGCCAUCGUCAAAAAAUGACAAGCUUUCCAGCCCCAUACAUUGGAAGCAUCGAUACAAACAGUCACAUAUUGAGAAGGCUUCCACUGUGUUGCCUCUACCAAAACAAAGCAGUCUGGCUUCAAGAAGCUUUGCUUUCAUGUAUCCGGGAAAAAAUUCACUUGCAGCACAUGAGCUUGCUACUUUGCAUGCAUUGACUACCGAUUGUCCAGGCAAAACAUAUUUACGAAGUUGCGGACAAGCGAACACGAGUCCUUGCAGUAUUCUUGAUACAGAGUUCUUUCAGAAUGAAGACUUUUAUGCGGCGUGCAGCUAUAAAAGGAAUUUGACCGACGCCCUUUGUGAAUUCCCCCUUGUUGCUCAAGCAACAAAAUGUCGAUGGGAUUUCACAGAGUCCGAUUGCAGAUUUCCUGCGCUUCCCCUGCGUGGGUCGAGGAGUGCUUUGACUGCAGAUUGAUCAAACGAAAUCGUAAAAGUAAGAGCAAGUUGCUGCAACCAAUCUGUCGAUUUGAUAAGCUGAUCAGGCACAGGAUCUAUGAAACUGCGAUCGUACAAACAAUCCCCAGGUCCUAGGAGAAAGCUCCGUAUAUAUAACUUGUCGUUCUUGAUAAGAAUGGCUCUAGCUAGAGUAUAUGGACGCAGUAGACAACGUGGUGUCUUAGAAACUAUGAAUGUCAC